AGGCUUCCCGUCUCCCCGCCUUUAUUCAUCAAACGGCAUCUCCAAAUCCAGUUCGACAUUACAGAUAAACCCUAAUUUCAUAUUUUUGGAGCUAUUUUUGACCAUGGAAAACCCUAAUUCUGGAGCUCUAAAGCCAUAGGAUCCAUGGAAACCCAUAAAUCUCAGUCUUCAGCUUCACAGUUAGCAAACAUGACUUUCUCAGGUUAAAUUUUUGUUUUGUUAGCGAACUGCAGUUUGAUAUCUAAAUAUGGAUGGUUCUCUUCACCCUGUGGUCCCUCGAUGGAACACUGAGAGGUCAUUUCUCACUGGUCGAUUUUAUCAGGAAACGAAACCUAAGUCUCAACUUGGAGGAAGCAAGGGGAUUUCUUCAGAGUCCUUCAGCUAUCAAGGCCCCGAGAAUCCUAUUGGGUAUUAUACUGCAUCUGUCCAGGAGCUAUUAGUUAUUGAUGACCUGCUCCACGCUUUGGUGGGUAUUGAGGGGCGAUACAUAUCAAUGAAAAGAAUGCGAGGAAAGGAAUACCAUAUUACUUAUCACAUAGAUCCGACAAUGGACUUGGCACUUCAGGAAUUAACCAAGCGAAUGCUGCCUUUAUGUGAGCACUAUUUUAUCAUCAGUCAGUUUGUGGAAUCUAGAUCACAUUUCAAGUAUGGUUUGGUCAAUCAUGCCUUUGCAGCUGCACUCAGGUCCCUCCUUAUUGAUUACCAGACUCUGGUGGCUCAGUUGGAACACCAAUUCAGACUAGGAAAACUCUCUAUUCAGGGACUAUGGUUCUUUUGCCAGCCAAUGAUGGCAUCCAUGCAAGCUUUGACCAUAGUGUUGCAGAAAGCAUCUAUAAACAAUUAUAUGGGAUCUGCAAUUUUGAACCUUCUCCAAAGUCAGGCCAUGGCAAUGGCUGGUGAUAAUGCAGUGAGAUCUUUGCUGGAAAAGAUGACUCAGUGUGCCAGUUCUGCUUAUCUGUGCAUACUAGAAAGGUGGGUAUAUGAGGGAGUUAUUGAUGAUCCUUAUGGUGAAUUUUUUAUUGCUGAGAACCGAUCAUUGCAAAAGGAAAGUCUUACUCAAGAUUACAGUGCAAAAUAUUGGGAGGAGCGCUAUAGCCUCAAGGAUCCUAUUCCAAUCUUUCUUACUAAUGUUGCGGGGACAAUUUUGACAACUGGCAAAUAUUUGAAUGUCAUGAGAGAAUGUGGCCAUGUGGUGCAGGUUCCUAUAUCAGAAAAGGUAAAAUUGACGAACUUUGGGUCAAACCAUCAAUAUCUGGAGUGUAUUAAUUCUGCUUAUGAAUUUGCCAGUGGAGAACUCUUGAAUCUGAUAAAACAAAAGUAUGAUCUAAUGGGAAAGCUGCGCUCUAUGAAACAUUAUUUUCUUCUAGAUCAGGGUGAUUUCUUAGUUCAUUUCAUGGACAUAGCUCGAGAUGAGCUUGCCAAAAAGCCAGAUACAAUUUCUGUAGAAAAGCUGCAGUCUCUGCUGGACCUUGCUUUGCGCACAACAGUUGCUGCAUCUGAUCCGUGCCAUGAGGACUUGACCUGCUGUGUGGAGAGAACCUCAUUGCUGAAUAGGUUGGGAACUCUCCAGGAUCUAGAAGAGGGCAUGAAAAAUUUGAGGGCAUGUGUUGCUACUGUUGAAAUUAGUAAGACUGCUUUUGAUAAUAAUGACCAUUCAGCUCCAGUAAGUAUUACUGGUGUGGAAACAUUCUCCCUCAACUACAAGGUUAAGUGGCCAUUGUCACUUGUUAUUUCCAGAAAAGCACUGACCAAAUACCAAUUAAUUUUCCGCCUCUUGUUCCACUGUAAGCAUGUCAACCGCCAACUUUGUGGGGCAUGGCAAACUCAUCAGGGGGUUCGCAUGUUGAACACAUUUGGAACAGCCAUAUCGAGAUCUGCUGUGCUUUGCCGGAGCAUGAUCAAAUUCAUAAACAGCCUUCUACAUUAUCUAACUUUUGAGGUUCUUGAACCCAACUGGCAUGUUAUGCAUAAUAGGCUUGAAUCUGCAAAGAGCAUUGAUGAGGUUAUGGAGUUCCAUGAUUUCUUCCUCAAAAAAUGUCUGAAAGAAUGUUUGCUUCUUUUACCUCAAGUUCUAAGGAAGAUGGAAACCCUAAAAUCGAUAUGUCUCCAAUAUGCCUCAUCAGUCCAAUGGUUGUUACCGUCACUAUAUAUAACUGUGGAUGCCAAUGAAAGCUCAUUUGGUAGAGGAAAAUCCAAGCUUAGGAGAUCUAAGAGUAAACGCCUGGCCUCAAAGUCAUCGGCUGAGAGCAUGUCAUUCGCUGAGACUGUAAUCAAAUUUGAGAAGGAAUUUAAUGAAGAAUUACAAAGUUUAGGGCCCAUCUUAAGCAAUAGCUCACAGGCAGAGCCAUACUUGACGCAUCUUGCUCAAUGGAUUCUAGGCAUUGGAAAUGACUCGUAAGGGGGGCCGUACAUUACCACCUCUUCCACCUGAAGAGCCACUCCUUUAUGGAUUACAACUUUUUCAUAUGAAUAUGAAUACUAAUACAUCUCAUGCUUCUCACAAAUCGAAACAAAAAACCUCAAUGGACUUAGUUCCUUUUUCAUCUGAGCCUCCUAUGCUCAGCCCACCCUUUUUACUAAUACAACCAAUGUCUCUACUCAGAUCCACCAAUGUACCAGAAUAUUUUAUUCAAAGUCCAAAACAUAAUACACCAAGUCCUGCUUUAUCUCCAGCCCAAACCCCAAAUAAGCCAACCUCCUCAGUGCCUAAAUCUACCUAUAUAGAUAAUGCUUUCCUAGCCGAUAUUCCCAUCGAUGACAAACACAUUCACAUUGACCCACAUAAAUUAGCUCCCCUUUACCUUCAAAACCAUUUAAACCAAUCAAUGGUAUCAAAACC